AUGUACUGGGCAGAGGCUACAAGAUUUUCUCCAAUAGCUGACUCAAUGCCUAGAAAUAGAUUUGAUAAGCUAAGAAAUUAUUUACAUGUGAAUGACAACACUAAAAUGAAACAAAGAGAGGACCCUGAUUAUGACAAGCUGUUCAAGGUGAGACCAUUUGUUGACAAACUUAAACAAGGUUUUUCAAUUAUUGAACCUGAGGAAUAUCAUUCAGUGGAUGAAUUAAUCAUUGCUUUCAAAGGUCAUUCAUCCCUGAAACAGUAUGUAAAAAGCAAACCACAUAAGUGGGGUAUAAAAGUUUUUGCCCGUGCUGGUUCUAGUGGAAUUGUGUACGAUUUUGAAAUAUACCAAGGGAAAGGAACUGUACAUAAUUAUACUGGUCUUGGUAUAAGUUGUGAUAUUGUGAUAAGGCUUGUGGAAGGACUGCCAAAAUAUAAAAAUUUUGAAGUGUUUACAGACAAUUGGUUCACCUCUUACAAUCUUAUUUCUGCCCUGAAAAACUAUGGCAUUUCGGCUGUUGGAACUGUUAGACCCACAAGACUUCAAGGCUGCAAUCUAAAAGCAGACAGUGAGCUGAAAAAGCAGGGACGAGGAUCAUACGAUUAUCGAACUGAAACAGAAAGGAACAUCAUAGUGCUGAAGUGGUAUGAUAACAAGUCUGUCGUUCUUGCAUCAUCAUACAAAGGAGUAAGUCCAGUAGAACCAGUGAAACGUUGGGUCAGUGGGACAACGAAAAUAUAUUGA